AUGGAUUUCCAAGGGUCCGCCCGGAGGGUCCCUGCGUGGAGGAGAUUUCUGUCUCGGUACACACACCACCACCUGGCCGUUUUCCUCCUGACCUUCUUCAGUUAUGCGCUGCUCCACGCAUCAAGAAAGUCCUUCAGCAACGUGAAGGUCAGCAUUUCCAGCCAGUGGACUCCCUCCAGCCUAAACAGCUCCCAGUACAUACUGGUCCCGAACGCGACCUGGAAUGAUAACCAUCUCUUUCCUGAUGCCAACUCGGCCACCCUUUUCCUCGGGCUCCUUGACACAAUAUUCCUCUUCUCGUACGCGGUGGGGCUUUUUAUCAGCGGCAUUGUCGGGGAUCGGCUGAACAUGCGCCUGGUGCUCACUUUUGGAAUGUGCUCCUCCGCUGUGACCAUGUUUAUUUUCGGGACCGUCACCGAAUGGCUGCACUUCUACAACAAGUUCUUCUACUGCUCCGUGUGGGUGAUAAACGGGCUUCUGCAGUCGACGGGCUGGCCCUGCGUCGUGGCGGUCAUGGGCAACUGGUUCGGCAAAUCCGGACGGGGGUUUAUUUUCGGGCUGUGGAGCGCCUGCGCCUCCGUGGGGAACAUUUUAGGUGCCUUCCUUGCCUCUUCGGUGCUAAAAUACGGAUACGAGUACGCUUUUCUGGUGACAGCCUCUGUGCAGUUUGCCGGAGGUCUCAUCAUCUUCUUCGGCCUCGUAACCUCCCCUAAAGAACUCGGUCUCCCGGAGACCGGGGAAGAGGAGAGUAAACGGGGAUCCCUAGAAGAAGAAGCAAACAGACCUCUAAUCAGCGACGAGGACGAAGUGGAGGAUGAAAGCAAUUAUUCUAUUCAGUCUCAGGACAGCCCGGAACCUCCCAAAGCGAUCGGCUUCCUGCAGGCUUGCUGCUUACCGGGAGUAUUACUGUACUCUCUGGCUUAUGCCUGCCUGAAGCUGGUCAAUUACUCCUUUUUCUUCUGGCUCCCGUUCUACUUGAGCAUCAACUUCGGCUGGAAGGAGGCAGAAGCCGACCAGCUCUCCAUAUGGUACGAUAUCGGAGGAAUCGUGGGUGGGACCGUGCUAGGGUUAAUCUCGGACAUGCUGCAGAAGAGGUCCCCCGUCCUGGCCAUGAGUCUGUUGUUCGCCGUGGGAGCCCUGUUCGGGUACAGCCGUUCCCCAAACGAUAAGACUAUCAACGCUCUGAUCAUGACCAUCACCGGGUUCUUCAUCGGCGGCCCCUCCAACAUGAUCAGCUCCGCCAUUUCUGCCGAUCUCGGACGCCAGGAGAUGGUGAGAGGCAGCAGCGAAGCUUUAGCUACCGUCACUGGGAUUGUCGAUGGGACGGGAAGCAUCGGAGCUGCGGUGGGACAGUUCCUGGUCUCCGUUAUCCAGAGAGAUCUCGGCUGGAUGUGGGUUUUCUACUUCUUCAUCCUCAUGACUAGUUUGACCGUGCUGUUCAUUGCCCCGCUCAUCGUUCGGGAGCUCAGACCGCAGGGAAGAGACCGGCGUUCUUCACGGGUCGUGGGAUGAACCUCGUUUUUCACAAGACUUGAAAACCCCUGCGAGGAAACUGGUUAUGAAUUUUGGAAUCGCGUAUUUUAGGAGUGCGGAGGAUCUAAUCGCCGGAUCUUCUGGUCCCAAGAAAUUAUUUGCAGAAAUGUUGAAAUAUUUUAUCGUGCGAGGGGAAGAAGCUCUGCUUUCCAGCGAAGGUCCGAUACGGAUCCACCUUUCCUUUGUGUCCUACAAUCUGUACGAUUAUAUCCAAUCAGCACGGGCCAGAUCCCCUUUUUCUGGCAUAUGUGCCCGUUUUAAAGAUAUCA